AAAACAUGGGACAUUUUUCGUAUGGUGAAAGAGGAUCGUGACAGUACCUUGGAUGAUCCCACAUUGAGUUUGGUGAGAAAGAUCGUCAAAGUGACGGUUGGGAUAUUUUUAACUUUAGCAGUGUUGAUGUCCACAGUGCUCAGUAAACUUUCUUUGUUAUUAAUCACUUCCAAUAUCUAUAAUAAUAUGACGUUAAAGUGCUAUGAUGGAAUAUUCGAGGAAACCAAAGUGUGUUCUGAAAAAUUACCAGUCUUUAAUAACGUGACUAUAUACGAGAUCAACCAGACCGUUGAGAUUAGAUGGAUUUGGGCUUUAUUCGCUUGUGUUGUGAUACCAUAUGUGUUCAAUUUUGGUCGUUCUAUGUGGAGGAUGUGUUUUAAAAGCACGAGGAAUCCAACAUGGGGCGUUUUAUUGGCGGUAUUACUUUUCGAAUCAAUCCACUCCACAGGUAUCUGUAUAUUUACCUUUCACCUGUUGCCACACAUUGAUUCUUUACGUGGCUUGGUCCUCAUGCUAGGGGUUGCCUUCAUACCGUCCUGUCUAAAAUUAUUUGACUGCCAGGAGGAAGGUGGUCGCUCAAUUGGUGUCAUUGCGUUAGACGUCAUCGCCUUAAUUAUUCAAGCUUCUGCGUUACUGUUAUGGACGAUAAAAAACGUUGCUUUAGGUGUAGACACAGAUGAAAAUUGGUCAAUACCUAUAUCGUUGUUCCUAAUAAGUUUUGGAUGGUGGGAAAACUACAUUAAUCGUUUUACAUGUUUGGGUCCGCUCGGUCGUCACUUACUUAAACUAAAGAAAUCCAUCCGUCGUAUGAGGACUAAAGUGUAUACCUUAGUCAGUUUGUGGAAGAUAAUUUUAACUCUUGGUAUUAUGACCGUUGUUGUAAGCCGUGGACAGCUGGCCUGUAUGAAAGUCCUAUAUUUUCUUGCUGAUCCGUUCAAUAACCCUUCCGAAUGUCCCAGACUAGUGUAUGCCUUCGGUACCGCUGUUUCCUACGAUUCUAAUGUUCUUAGUAAUCCGUUUUGGGUGAUGUUGUUUCAAGUGUUUGCCUGUCUCCUUUGUUAUUCGUUUGCUAAAUCUGCAUGUAAAAUACUGCUGCAAGUGGGUAGUUUCGCUUUACCUUUAGUGUUAUCAAUGCCUAUUAUGAUUGGAACGCUAAUUAGUAGUUGUGAAUCAUGGAAAGGGACUUCUGGUGCUGCUAAUUCAACUUCAACAUCGUGGUUAUCUGUGCUCCCAAGUGAUAUUUAUUGGAACUGUCAUGCGCCCGGGGAAUCUGAUAAUUAUUUGUGGACGUUGCUGGCUGAUUACUAUAUCGUCAUAGCCUUGGCUUGGUGGCUGUCCUUUAUGUGGGUAGCUGUGCAUAUUUGGUUUCCAAGAGUUGAGCGACUUGUUCAAACAGAAAGAUUGUUUGUACAGACCAUGUAUUGUGGUAUAUGUUUGGAGCAAAGUUUGAUAUUGAACAGAAGGCGAGAUGAUAAAGACCGUGAUAAACAGAGAAAUGCUCUUGGCAUCCUUCAACUAGAGCCAGAUGAAGAAACCGUCCAGCAGCAGACUAGGGGUUCUUUAAGAACUGAUGUAACACCAAUGCUGUAUGUUUGUGCUACAAUGUGGCAUGAAACGGACAAUGAAAUGAUGCAAAUUUUGACAUCAAUAUUUAGAUUGGAUCUGGACCAGUGUACUAGAAAACACGCCUACUUGUUUUUUGAUGUUAUGGAUCCAGAUUACUAUGAAUUUGAAGCUCAUAUUUUCUUUGAUGAUGCUUUCGAAAGCCACGAAGAUGAAGAAUUUGAAUAUCAGACCAACGCCUUUGUUAAACAAUUGGUUAGCGUUGUGGAAAGAGCUGCUAGUGCUGUUCAUCGUGUCCAGGUCAAGAUGGAAAGUCCUGCUAAGUAUCCAACACCUUAUGGUGGCCGCCUAGAGUGGCAUCUUCCCGGGCAGAAUAAACUCAUUUGUCAUAUGAAAGAUAAAGCUAAAAUAAGACUUAGAAAGCGAUGGAGUCAGGUUAUGUACAUGUAUUACUUAUUGGGACACAGAUUGGUUGGGCAGCCUUUACCAGAUGCUCGACGUAAACAGACUAUCGCUGAUAAUACUUAUAUCCUUACAUUAGACGGUGACGUUGACUUUAAACCAUCCGCAGUUCAGCUUCUUGUGGAUAGGAUGAAGAAAAACGAUAAAGUCGGUGCCGCUUGUGGAAGAAUUCAUCCUAUUGGAACAGGUCCAAUGGUGUGGUAUCAGAAGUUUGAGUAUGCUGUUAGUCACUGGCUUCAAAAGGCCACCGAACAUAUGAUAGGGUGUGUCAUGUGUAGCCCCGGUUGUUUCAGUUUGUUUCGAGGUUCGGCUAUUAUGGACGAUAAUGUAAUGAGAAAAUAUGCUACUUUGUCCACAGAGGCUGCUCAUUAUGUCCAGUAUGAUCAAGGCGAGGAUAGAUGGUUGUGUACAUUGAUGUUACAACAAGGGUAUCGAGUUGAGUAUUGUGCUGCGGCCGAUGCUUACACAUACUGUCCAGAAGGAUUUAACGAAUUCUUCAACCAGAGACGAAGAUGGUCACCAUCAACCAUGGCUAAUAUCAUGGAUUUUCUUGCUAAUUGGAGAGGCAUGAUCCGCAAGAAUGAGAACAUCUCUUGUCUGUAUGUGAUGUACCAAUUACUUCUGUUCUUUUCUUCCAUUGUAACACCUGGAACGACUUUUCUGCUGAUUGUUGGUGCUAUCAAUAUGGCUUUCCCCACCUUAGAUCUACUAGAUGCAUUGUUAGCUAAUCUGGCGCCUAUUGGGUUGUUUAUGGUAGUUUGUUUUGUGGCAAAGCCAGAGUGGCAGCUUCGUAUGGCAGCUAUCCUUUCUGGUGUUUAUGCUUUGGUGAUGAUGUUGGUAGUGGUUGGAUUAGCUCUCUCAGUUAAGGCAGAGGGACUUUGUUCUCCAGCAACAAUUUUCAUGAUCUUCCUUAUAGCUGUAUUCAUGAUAGCAGCUAUUCUUCAUCCAAUGGAGUUCCUGAACAUAUUUUAUGGUGUCUUGUACGUUUUAGCUAUUCCUAGUAUGUCGAUGUUACUGAUGAUUUACUCAAUGUGUAACCUACACGUGGUAUCAUGGGGAACCAGAGAAACGGCCACUGCUGUACCAUUAAACGCCAAGAAUUUGAAAAAGAAUAAAGAUGGAAAACUGCAGUCUCUGUUGAAUAUGUUCGCAAGCAACAAAACUGAACUUAAGAGUGAAUAUGGUUUUUCUUUUGGAAACUUGUUUCGAUGCAUAUGUUGCCCAAAGAAAGUAGAAAAUGCGGAAGAGGUACGAUUUGGGGUAAUACUUGACAAGCUUUCAAAGAUUGAGAGUGCUGUCGGUGCUUUCCGUAAUGGCUAUCAAUCCGUUCCGAACAGCCCUAAUGACGAUAUUUCCAAUCAACAAUCAACUACCAGGGAUGAAUCUAAUAUGACUACUAUUAGUACAGUCAGUGAUACUGAUCUACAACCUAAACUCAAAGAAAUCACUCCAGUAGUUCACAGUCACUACGAUCACGAGUUUUCUCCAUUUUGGUUAAAGGACACGGAUAUUGGGGAAGGUCGUGUGCGUUACCUAAGUCCUGAAGAGGAUCGUUUUUGGAAAGAAUUGAUUGCAAAAUAUCUUUUUCCCUUGGAGAACAACGUUGAUCAUCAAAAGAAAAUAAAAGUAGAUCUGAAAGAAUUGAGGAACAAGAUGUGCCUUAUGUUUUAUAUACUUAACGCCUUGUUUAUAGUCAUCAUCUUCACACUACAAUACACGAACGCAAUCCAGGGUGGGGACGGUCUAGCUAUCCCAUUGCCGUGCUACACUGUUGAUAAAUCUCGAAAAUUAACACUCGAACCAAUUUCCAUGUUGUUCAUGAUCGUGUUCGGAGUAUCACUUCUUAUCCAAUUCAUUGCUAUGUUCUUCCACCGAAUGAGCACCUUCCUUCACAUAAUUGCUUCCACGGACGUCAACUGUCUCAAAAUGAAUCAGUCAGAGCUUGCGGCUAUGGACGUGUCCGAUAAGCUGGAAUUGGUUCGUCAAAUGCAAAGUUACAACGAAGACGAUGAU